AUGGAGUCCUCGCCCGUCCCCCAGCCAUCAGGGAACUCUUCCGCCCCGGGGAGGGCCCCCCAAACCCCGGGCCCCUCGACGGCCAGCGGGGCCCCCGAGGCGGGGCCGCGGGACGUGGCCUCGGAGUCCGUGGCCCUCUUCUUCAUGCUCCUGCUGGACCUGACCGCCGUGGCCGGCAACGCCGCCGUGAUGGCCGUCAUCGCCAAGACGCCCGCCCUCCGCAAGUUCGUCUUCGUCUUCCACCUCUGCCUGGUGGACCUGCUGGCCGCCCUGACCCUCAUGCCCCUGGCCAUGCUCUCCAGCUCCGCCCUCUUUGACCACGACCUGUUCGGGGAGGUGGCCUGCCGCCUCUACGUGUUCCUGAGCGUGUGCUUCGUCAGCCUGGCCAUCCUGUCCGUGUCGGCCAUCAACGUGGAGCGCUACUACUACGUGGUCCACCCCAUGCGCUACGAGGUGCGCAUGACGCUGGGGCUGGUGGCCUCCGUGCUGGUGGGCGUGUGGGUGAAGGCCUUGGCCAUGGCCGCCGUGCCCGUGCUGGGCAGGGCCUCCCGGGAGGAGGGGGUGCCCGGCCUGCCCCCGGGCUGCUCCCUGCAGUGGAGCCGCAGCGCCUACUGCCAGCUGUUCGUGGUGGUGUUCGCCGUCCUGUACUUCCUGCUGCCGCUGCUGCUCAUCCUGGUGGUGUACUGCAGCAUGUUCCGCGUGGCCCGCGUGGCCGCCCUGCAGCGCGGGCCGCUGCCCACGUGGAUGGAGACGCCGCGCCAGCGCUCCGAGUCCCUCAGCAGCCGCUCCACCAUGGUCACCAGCUCGGGGGCGCACCAGACCACCCCGCACCGGACGUUCGGGGGCGGCAAGGCGGCCGUGGUCCUGCUGGCCGUCGGGGGCCAGUUCCUGCUGUGCUGGCUGCCCUACUUCUCCUUCCACCUCUACGCGGCCCUGAGCGCCCAGCCCGCGUCCGCGCGGCAGGUGGAGAACGUGGUGACGUGGAUCGGCUACUUCUGCUUCACGUCCAACCCCUUCUUCUACGGCUGCCUCAACCGGCAGAUCCGCGGCGAGCUCAGCAAGCAGUUCGUCUGCUUCUUCAAGCAGGCCCCCGAGGAGGAGCUGCGGCUGCCCAGCCGCGAGGGCUCCAUCGAGGAGAACUUCCUGCAGUUCCUGCAGGGCACCGGCUGCGCCACCGAGUCCUGGGGGGCCCGGCCCCUCCCCAGCCCCAAGCAGGAGGCCGCGGCCGCGGCCGUGGACUUUCGGAUCCCGGGCCAGAUAGCCGAGGAGACCUCCGAGUUCCUGGAGCAGCAGCUCACCAGCGACAUCAUCAUGUCCGACAGCUACCUCCGUCCGGCCCCCUCGCCUCGGCCCGCAUCCUGA